CUCUUCCCUGCUCUCUCUCUCCCUCUCCACCGCUCUCUCCCUCUCUCCCUCUCUUCCCCGCUCUCUCUCCCUCUCUUCUCCUCUCUCUCCCUCUCUCCACCGCUCUCUCCCUCUCUCUCCCUCUCUCCCUCUCUCUCCCUCUCCACCGCUCUCUCCCUCUCUUCCCUGCUCUCUCUCCCUCUCUCCCUCUCUCUCCCUCUCCACCGCUCUCUCCCUCUGUCCCUCUCUCUCAGAGACCGUGACACUUCCGAAUACUCAACUGCUAAAUCCUAACAAUAUUUACUGUGCAAUUGCCUCGGAUCCCAGAAAGACACACUUCCUUUUAAAGGCGAGAAUUGUUUUCUUUCUCUUUUUUUUAACCAUUAUUUGAGAAAUCACGGAUCCACAGCGCCACCUGCUGGCCGUCCCGGGGUAUCUGGUGACAGCGUGGGUGCAGUUCCGAUUCUCCACCCGCAGAGGGCAGCAGAGCCGCGCGCAGAGAGCGGGGACGCCCUUCCGAAGGAAAUGACCUCACUCGCUGUGGUUAACAUGGCAGCUCCCUUGUGCAUGCGAGGAGGCGGGCUGUAGUGUCUUUGCGGCUCUCGGAGGUCAAGAAAGAAGGGAAGGGAAAAGAACAGAAAAGAAGAGAAAAGAAGCGCAGCGCAGGGAGAUGGUGUUCUUGACAUUAUCGCGGUGGAUACGGAGCAGGGGGCCCGACCGCUACUGGAAGGUGCAAGAGCUUCUGAAACAUGCCCGGCACUUCCGUGGCAGGAAGAGUCGCUGUUACCGGCUGGCAGUGCGUGCGGUGCGGAGAGCCUUCGUCUACGCCAGCAAGUCGAGGAAGAGGAAGAGGAGGAGCAUGAGGACGCUGUGGAUCACUCGCCUCGCUGCUGCCUCCCGGGAACACGGCCUCAAAUAUCCCGUCCUCAUCCACUACCUGCUCAAGUCUCAGGUCUCUCUCAAUCGGAAGGUCCUUGCAGAGCUUGCUGUCUCGGAGCCGCGCUCGUUCUCCUCUCUUGCCCAGCUGGCGGCCGCGCGGAGGGGGGAGGGGCUGGCGGCCGCGCUGGGGGAGGGGAAGGAGCCUGAGGGCGUGUUCUCCCGCAUCGUCCAAUCACAGUGAACCAACCUCUCCCCAGCUUCCUCUCAUCUCACUACCCCAAUUCCACAUCACGUUUAUUUACUAAGCUGUGCUGCUCAUCUGCAUCAGCCACUGGAGUCUGGGGAAUAAUGGGCUGGGCUGGGCUGG